AUGAAAAAAUCCUUUAAUUCUUUAUUCUUUUCCUUCAUUAUAUUUGAAUUUAUAAUAAAUGUUUCCGGUGUUUGUUACGAAAACCCUGAUCUAUUUCGUCCCGAAAUAAAAUGCCAAUUACCCGAUAAUAAGCAGUGUGAUAAAGCAAAAUUCGCAUUCGAAAAUUCUGGUGUAAUUCUCACUUCUGCAUUAUCAUUAAACACUCCAAUUAUAAUAAACGCUACCUUUACAAUCUUUGAUGGCCCAAUUGCAGAUUUAAUUGGCGCAGCAGGUCCUUUUAGAUUUAUGCCGUUAAAAGACAACGAUGGUAUUGAAAGAUUAUAUCCUCAAGCAUUGGUUAAACAAUUUCAAUUUGAUUCGCAUCCAGAAUUUUCAUCGGCUGAUAUUGUAGCUCAAUUUAAUUCAAAAUCACCUUUUUGGUUUGAAGGUGACCCGCCAAUCCGUAAAGAUCAAAUUGGUUUUCAAGAAUUGGUUUUGCAUGAACUUUUACACGGGUUGGGAUUUAUUUCGAGUCUAGAUGAUUACAUCCAUCCGGUACCGAAGAUAAUCACACCUGAAAUAGUUGGUCUAAAAUAUACGUCCGAUGGAGUUGAUACUAAAUCACCAAUAAAAUUCAAAGGUUUCAUAGAGAUGGCAUUUGAUAAAUACAUAGUAUUCUUAUCUGACGGCAAAUUAUUAUCCAAUACCACGGCGCAAAUCAAUCAAUUAUUCACAGGUAGUGGUGAUACAACCAGUUUUGCUAAUCUCGACGCAUUUAUUAAAGCCUUUUCAACAACUCCACAAUUUAAAAUUGGCCAAAAAAUGCUUGAUGUUGUUACCAAAGAAAAAACUUUGGGAUUUUUACCACACGAUAAGAGUUCAGUCAAGGAUAGCGUUAUAUUGGAAACUUCUUUAAAACCUUUUCAACAUGCUUCAAGUAUAAGCCACGUUGAUUAUAAAACGUAUACAAAUACAUCUGAAUUUUUGAUGACAUUUCUUCAAGAAUCUGGAAGAACGCUUAAUGACUCCAUUGCUAUAGGUGGAAACCUUAAUGCGGGUGCAAUUGGUCCUCAAACCUUGUCCAUUUUGGAAACUUUAGG